UGCGCGUUCUAUACUUUAUUUUAUAACAGUCUGCAGCUCAGUUGAUAACGAACAAACGUCAAACAUUUAACCUGAAGCGGACCCAGCGGUUCGUUAAUAAAUAACGUUUUUUUAAUCUACAGUAGUACUUUAAAAAAUGAACAACAUCGAAAUCGAAGACUUUUAUCAUCAUGAUUUUACAACGGCUUCCGAAUGGGAAGUGUUUAUCGCGAGAUUGGAGGAAAUUAUGCACGAAUGGAAAUUACCAAAUACAAAAAUUGGUCCUUGUUUAAAAUCUGGAAACUUUGUCAACUGUGCAUGGGAAGAAAAUUUCGAAAAGCUUCAUUUUGCUGAUGCAGAAUUUACAUUGAAGCAUUACAAGUUAAAAUUAGAUGAUGAAAAUACAGAUAAUCUUUUGGAGGAAAGCGAAGAAGAAAAAGUACAAUGUCACAAGGAUGCGUUAAAUGCAUCAAAUGAUUUUGCCAGAAUCGAUGGGAAUCACUUAGAAAUAGCUUGCUAUUACGGUAUUAGAGAAUUUCUUGUUUUACUGUCCACUAAAAGAGAUUCUGUGAUGGACGAGACCAAGAUUAGGAUUUUACUUAGUUCUCUUGCAAUUGCAGCGACCAAUGCUAAUUGCGAUAUACCUACGUUAGUACAAGUGCAGGAACCAUGGCAGAAAAUGUAUCUUGGAACUAGCAUUGGGAAAGGGAUUUGUACUCACUUUGAUAUGGUACACUUGAAAAAAGUUCCUUCGCACUGCAAAUACCUAACUGGCCUACUUGCGUUAUUUAAACAGAAAGUUGGAGAAGGUUGCGGAACAAGGCUUGACCCAGUGAUGAUAUCUGUAAGGUUUUCGUAUUUAUUGAAAGACUGGACCAAUAGUACGUGGACUCAAGAACCACCAGAUUUUGAUUUCAUGCAAGGUGAAACAUUGGGUGUAGCUGAACUUGGAAAACUUCCAUUUGGAGCAACAUACGAUCCAAUUGCAGAACUUCAUUUGUACACUACGUGGCCUGAAAUGUCGGAGAACGUCGUAGUUGAUAGCGAAGGUUUUACAGAUUUAGAACCACAGUCUGCCCCUGAAUGGUCUGUGCAAGUAAAGAUGCAUUCUUCGCCAGCCUGUUUACUCGGAGAAUACCUAACUGAUUUUUUAUAUCAAUGUAAUAAUCAAAAAACUAUAGUGGAGUUGCUGGGAGAUGCUGUAACUUAUUCUCAACAAGAAGAUCAAGCAUUGAGUUCGGUUUUUAACAUAUUAACGGAAUCUAAGAUACCAACAAUUUCAACAGUUGUUAGUAAAGCAACCACGAAAAAGAAUAAAAACGUAGAAGGGCCAAUACCGGAAGAAAUAUUAUUGUCGAUACUCUAUUUUCUUUUCCCUGACGCGGAAGAAAACACUAAAACUCCGUACAGUGACUUAACCACAUGUAACAUAGACGAAGAUCAGUGGAAAGGUGUAAAAACAUGUGCAAUGGACAGCUUAGUGUGGCGUCUCGCAAUUGUUGCAGCACAUUGUACGCAUUAUCUCGGUGGAGCGACAGCCUUGGCACAAUUAUGGUACGAGUUUGUGCAAGAAAUCAGAUUUCGAUGGGAAAGGAGCAUUCUUAUAUCCGGAGUGAGCCCAGGAUUCCCGGAUUCCGUAAGAACAUGUAUAUUGCAUCAAAAACUUCAGAUGAUGAAUUGUUGUAUCGAAAAAAAGAAAGCGAGGGAAGAGAUGGCGCAUAAAUCUCAAAGUGCAGAUACUGACGAGUUUGAAACAGAAUCAGAAGAAGAGGAAUUUUUCGAAUGCACCUCUGAGGAACCAGCAAACGAGGACGAUUCGUCAUCAAGAACACAGCAGAAAGCGACACAUCUGCUGUGGAACAAACCAGCAGGACGAUUAGCCAAACAUCCUUCGCUCAAAUUAAUCCAAACUGGGGAUCCUCUUUAUCUGCCGAUAACACAGGAUCCUGUACCAAAAACAGAAGAUCAACUUGAGGAAGAUGCCCAAGUGAUGAUGCAGCUUGGAACUAGCAAACAUGCUUCGGAAAUGCGGGCCAGAUUAAUGAGUGCCUCAUUAUUGUCCGAUAUGGAGUCUUUCAAGGCAGCGAAUCCUGGAGCAGUUUUGGAAGACUUCAUUCGUUGGUAUUCCCCAAGAGACUGGAUUGAGGAGGAUGUAACGGAUGAAUGGGGUCAACCUAAAGGUCACUUAUCGGCAAGAAUGCUGAUUCCCAAUAAUCCAUGGUCUACAACUUGGAGUUCAGCCCUGCCUGUACCUGCACAUCGACAAAAACGUCUAUUUGAUGACACAAGGGAAGCUGAAAAAGCUCUGCAUUUCCUAAGUACAAAGCGCAUAGGCCAAAUUGCUCAACUUCUCUUACCCGCGUUAACUCAUGCAGCGCUUUACACUUUGAGCGAACAAAAGCAAGAUGCUUUACCAAAUCUACCUGAUGUUACAAUCAGUAUACUUAAUAAGUUACAAUAUGCUACGAAACCUAUUCAUCAAAAAUUACAUGUAUAUGAGGAAAUUAUUCGGGACGUAGAAGGUGUGGAAGCUCUUGUUGCGCAAGUAAAUUCUUUACAACAUAAACUAGGUGGAAACAAUGAUUCUAAAGAAUUUACUUCGUUUCUCAUCCAGUUAAUGCGAGGAAAGGAAGUGGAUGUGCCAGGUGGAUCCAAUGGAAAUAUCGGUUCUCGAAUAACAACAAUGUUUAGAGAUGCUCAAAAAGCUGCUCUUAUAAUGACCUCCCUCAAUAGUAAUCCAGACGUAGAUGUUGCUGGAGAUAAGUUUAAAACAUUCCCAGAACCUUGCUGUAAAGAAUUUAUUUUACGAAUUGUAACACCAAGGCCCUCGCCAACCUCAACUCCACAACCACAAAGGCUGGAAAAAUAUUACAAAAUGGCAGAAUUAUUCACUACAUUCGAAACCUUUUCUGCUAAAACAUGGAUAACUGGCUUCCAUUUCUGCAGAGUACUGAAACAUUCAAGAUGAAAAGUUCUCUCUGAUUUAUAAACUAGAAUCUAUUAUCUGAAAUGUGGCAGAGGACUUUUUGAAAGUUGUAGUGCUCGUAGAAAUGGCAGUAGUUUAAAGAAAAAGAAACCUUUUACCAAAAAAAAUCAACUGUAAACAUUUAAAAAGUCAGUAAUUGAAGUAUCAUAAAAAUACUACAUUGUAAAAUAAAUAAAUUAUGCAAAAUAUUCCUUCAAAUUCCUAAUUUUAUCAGAAAUUUGAAUUUUCAUAAAUUCCUUUGAUACAGCAUUCUAUUCAUCUAAAACUUUAAGGAAGAUAAAAGUAUAUAUUUUAUAAGUAUAGGGUAGUGUAUUCUCUUAAUAGUGUAGUACAUGUGCAACAGCAUCAAACCAGCAUCAACGUAUUCACUUUAUAUAUAUAAUGGUUACAAAAAGUAUGUAUUUGCAUAUACCCUUAUUUUCCAAUGAAGCAUAUUUUUAUCAGACUCAGACAUAUACAUAUAUAACAACACGUCAUCAACAUUUUUUCAUAUCACCUUGACAACUGUGAGAUUCUUAACACGAAUAUUUUGUCAUAUCUAAACUGUGGAUGUUUGAGCAUUUAUGCGGAAUUUAAAACUUCAAAAAUGCACAAAAUACAUAUAAUAUACAAAAAUAUACAAAAUAUACUAAGAAUAUAUAGUACUUAUCAUGACAUUUAGUAGAUGAAACAAAUUUCUGUUUAUGUUCUAUUUCUUUAAUUAUAUUUACAGAAAUAUGAACUUCCAUAAACAUUCGCAGUCUAGUUAUAUCAAGUGAUAAUUAGAUCUAUUGUUUAUUGUUCGUACAAAAUACUCAUUGGUAACAAAUUGUACUGUUCUCACUCAUUUUUAGCCAGCUUAAAAUAAUUAUCUACAUAAGUGAUAUUCACUCGUACUUUUUCUUAAUUGUAUAUUCGGUAAUUGUUCAUUCAUCUAUCUAAUUUCUCCUUCUUCUAUUACUCUUAUGCUCAUUAAAUGAAGUCUUUAUAAACUCAUUUUUUCACAAAACUAUUUUUUCGAUACUAAUAACUAAAUUCUAAUAUACUCCUUUUUACAUAAUAUAUGUACCGAGAUAUGUUGUUGAUAUAAUAAUGAUAUUGUAUUAAUACAAUAUAUAUAUAUAUAUAAUUAUUUAGAAUUUAGGGCGCGUAACAAUUCUUCAUUUGAAUUAGCCAUCGUUUUGUACAACAGAGAUUAUAUUUAUAGGUACAAAAAUGACUUUUACAAAGUUUAACGAACAACCGUGGUGUUUAGACGCGCGAGAUGCUAUUGACAAUGUUCUUGGGUUCAAUAACGAAUCCACGGUCAACGGGAUAACUCUUUACUGAACGUAGAAUACUUUGAAGCACAAAAUACGUUUGCUGGGACACUCGGUAUAUACUGCUCGAUGUGU